GUGUCCUARUUGUGAAAAAAUUGGUUUAUUUUGCACAAUUAAUCUUUUAAUUUAGAGCAUUUGCAAAUCUAUGUCUUUUUAAAUUAUCUUCAAAUCAGGUUUUUCCCCAAAAAAUGGAUUUAUACACUCUCCAAGACUCCUAAGUGAAGUUGAGUUUUUAUGUUGGCAACAGAUUAGUUGACAGCAGAAUUAGAUAAGUUAAGAUAGAAAAAAUUUCUGAUAAAAUUAACCACAUUUUAUACAAAUAUCGGGGAAACUCUUUGUUUUUGCAUUAAAAACGUGAGAGGACACAUUACGAAAUCGUUCGAAAUACGAAUUUCGUGUUUUUUUUGUGUGCUUAUCAGUUCAUUGUAUUUUUGCCGGUGUUGUCAUAUCAGUUUAGUUGAAACACGUAUUGCAUGGUGUCGUUUUACAUAAAAAAGGCGGUUUUCCAACCAGUUGUUUAGAAAAAUUCGUAGUGUAGUCUCAUAUUUGUCGUUUCAUUUUAAAAUAUAAAAAUGUCGGGUACUGUUGACACUUUGAUCGAAAUGGGCUUCAGCAAAGCACGAGCUGAGUUAGCAGUUUCCAAAACCGGGAGUGAGGAUAUCCAAGUUGCGAUGGAUUGGCUAUUGUCGCAUGAAGAAGAGCUUGAGAACAUCAACGAGACCCCCCAAGCAACCGAUGACUCGGCGAGCAGUCAAGCUCCUGAAACCCAACCAAGUCCAGAAGGCCAAGUCGUCAGAUCUUUCAAAUGUGACGAUUGUGGCAAACUGUUCAAAUCUCAAGACGAAGUCGAAUUCCACGCCACUAAAUCGGGCCACGAACACUUUUCGGARUCAACAGAAGAAAAAAAACCUCUCACAGAAGAGGAGAAGAAAGAACAACUAGCGAAAAUCGAGGCCAAACUCAAACAAAGACGGAUGGAACGUGAAGCCCGAGAAAAACAAGAAGCUUUGGAGAAAGAACGCAGUCGCAUCAAAUCCGGAAAAGAACUGCUAGAAGCUAAGAAAAAACACGAUGAAAUCGAGAUGAAGAAACUAGUUGAGCAACGAAAACGGGAGAAGGAGGAGGAAAAACUGGCAAGACAACGUGUGAAGGAACAAAUCGAGCAAGACAAGUUGGCCCGGAAAGCGAAAUUUUCCGGACAACCGAUGGAAGCCCCACAAGCACAACCGGCCGCCCCUCCUCAAUCGACAGCCCCUAAACCGUCAGCCAGUUACUCGGAAGUUAUGUUGCAAAUCAGGCUCACGAAUGGGUCAUCGCUCGUGCAGAAAUUCGGGGCCAAGGAGCCCCUUUCCGCCGUGAGGCUGUAUGUGGAAAUGAACAGGAAGGAUGGGGAAGGGCCUUUUAGCCUCAUGACCAAUUAUCCGAAAAAGGUUUUUGGGCCUGAGGAUUACGAUGUUCCUUUAGAAAGUCUAGGGUUGGGUCCCAGGGCCACUCUUAUCGUUUCAAAAUCGUAAUUAAGUGCUGCACGGGUUUCAUUGGUGGCUCUACCAUCAUACGAUAUUAACAUUAUAACGCUGGAACAUUAGUUGGGAUGUUCUUAAGUAACUAAGUGUAAGUAUCUACAAAAACUAGGCAAAUUGAUGUUAGAAUAUUUUUUUAAAUAUACAUCGUUUUGUAAUCGCCAGUGCUGUUGUAUAAUAUAUCUGCGGCUCUUUAUAUGUGAAAAAUUAAGCAGCAAAUAAAUUUUUCAUAUUUCCCA